AUGUUACGACCAGUCCUUCGAACGCCGCUCGCUGCGCCAACUGUCUCCCUGGUUCCUGCGCCUCGUCUACUGUCGACUACUUCUCCCACACAGGAACCCCGCACCUCGACCUCGGAAAAUGCGCCGGCAAAGCCACAUCGCAUCGACCCGCGAUGGCUGACAAUGAUCAAGCGACGGAUCGGAAAGUGCAUGAUGUUUGGAUUGAAAGCAGAUCAGAUCGAUGAGGGAGGGAAAAUUCUGCAGCAAUUGGCCAAGGAUUGGCGUGAAUUGAUUGCUGGCAGUGAGGGUUUUUUGACCGAUCAUAAACGGCGUGGCCAUGUGAACAAUGUCACCUACGUUCGAUAUGCCGAGACAGCUCGAGUAAACUGGACACGAAACAUCGGAACUCAUAUCGAUCCCGCAAAUAAGAAGGAAUGGAAUAAUCUGGUUGGCUCCACAGGAAUUGGACUCAUCUUGCGAAGCAUCAAGGUGGACUAUAAAUUUCCUAUGACAUCACCGGACAAGAUAACCGUCUACCAAAGGCUAGUCCCCGACUCAAACUCAUUCCUCGCCAGACAAUCUGCAUUCCAGCUGCAGGUCUUGAUUCUUUCAGAAGCAAAACAGCGUCCCGCUGCCCGUUGCCACGAGGAUAUCGUGACAUAUGAUUACAAGAAGAACCAGAAGACGCAUCAUCUCCCUCCUUUUAUUAAGGACCAGUUCAAAGUAAUCUAUGAACUGCAGGAACAGGCCCAGAAGGAAUGGCAGCAGCAGAUUGUUGAGAUUGAGAACCGCGUGCGGACUCUUGAGCUUGAGAGCUGGGACCGCGUGGAUGCCGUUGAGGAUAAUGGGUCUUCUUAA